GCUGCUGUAAGAUGAAUGUGGUUCUUUAAAUUUUUACGUGCUGUGCUUUGUCUUUUAGGUGAGAAACCCUUUAAGUGCGAGUUUGAAGGCUGCGACAGACGCUUUGCCAACAGCAGCGACAGAAAGAAGCACUCCCAUGUUCACACCAGCGACAAGCCGUAUAACUGCAAAGUGAGAGGCUGCGACAAAUCGUACACCCACCCCAGCUCAUUGAGGAAACACAUGAAAGUGCAUUGCAAAUCUCCACCUCCCAGCUCAGGCUAUGAAUCGUCCAUCCCUUCCCUGGUGUCCCCUUCCUCUGAUUCAGGACAUGACCCUGCAGCCACCUCUUCUCACCCUGAGCGUUUGUCCUCCACCCAGGCCAACCUGAGUGAAUGGUAUGUGUGCCAAAGCUCAGGGGCAACUGGCAUCCCUACUCCCCCUAGCCACACGCCUUCACCCGAGCAUCGAAAGGCCUCCUACAACAACUGUGACUCUAGACCGAAUUACUAGGACUGAUCUCAGCCCAGUGCAACUUGCUUGAGGUUUACUAAAUGAGAAAUACUGUGUUUUAUAAUGACUGAAGUGAUCGCCCUUGUUUGUGCCUGUAAUGGAUUAGGGAGUGGGCUAAUGUGACUGGUGGCUAGCAUAAAUGCACAGUGGACGUGAGCACAAAAUCAAUGCUAUAUGUGUGUG